AUGGAUCAUGGAGCUCAAGUUAUAUUUACACCUGAUAUGUAUGUUAAUCAUGAAUAUUCAAUGGGAUGUUAUCUAUUACAUUUUGCUGUUGAUGAUGGUUUAAUUGAUAUAGCUAAAUUAUUAAUUGAAAAAGGCAAAAUUCCAAUUAAUACAUUAGAUCAAACAGGAUGGAGUCCUCUUCAUUUAGCUGCUGGACAUAAUUAUUUAGAUAUUGUAAAAUUACUUUUACAAUAUAAAGCUGAUAUUAAUAUUAAAGAUUAUUAUGGUAAUACACCAUUAGCAUGGGCUAAACAAAUGUAUGCUACAGAAGUUAUCAAUGAACUUGAAAAACAUGAUGGUAUAGCAGAUACAGAAUGGUAUGGAGAAAAAUUAAUGUUACAUGGUUAUAAAGAACAAAUUGAAGAUGAUCAAAAACUAUAUGAAAUUGAAAAUAAUCAAUUUGAAAUCGAUGAAUCAAAACCAGACAAAACUUUAAAAGAUAAAAGUCCACUUUUACUUGAUGCACUUCAACGUCAACGUUGA